GGAUUCACCUCUCUUUCAUUUGCUGUGAAAACAUCCAUCAUCCCCUCUUAAACUUCACAUGACAUCAGAAGAGGAAGAGGGGGAGGGCCGAGACGGCUGCAAGGAAAACCUCUCCAUCAGCCUCCCUUCUUUUCUGUGCAUGGACCACCCUCCGCCGCUCCGUACCAGUGGGCUGCGGCUGCCGUGGGCCCUCAGUCUCUGUGGAAGCUGGAGGCAAAUGAAAGCAGCGAGGGGCGAGGAGGCGCAGAAUGAACCUGGUGGAGGCGCGCUACUGAGACACCACUGACUGAACUCACUGACACAGAUCUUCUGGUUGAUUGGCUAUAGCAAGAGGAGCAACCAUGGGACUUGAGAUGUGGACCCUUUCCCUCCUGUUGGGUUUGUCUCUCUGGAGCAAUGGUCAAGCCCUGGCGAGGAACCCCAUCCUGUCGAGGAUACGAAGAGCUCCGGGGGCUGCCGAAGAAAACAAGAAGUGCUCCUACACUUUCUUGGUCCCGGAGCAAAAGAUUACGGGCCCCAUCUGCGCCACCCGGGGCUACUCCACCGACAAAGACCGAGUGACGCGGCUGGAUGUAGCGGCGGUGCGCGACCUUCUGUCCAAACAGCGUCGAGAGAUGGAGACUCUGAAGCUUGUGGUGGAUGUGGACGGCAACCUGGUGAAUGAGAUGAAGCUAUUGAGGAAGGAGAGCAGAAACAUGAACUCCAGAGUGACUCAGCUGUACAUGCAGCUGCUGCAUGAGAUUAUAAGGAAGAGGGAUAACUCACUGGAGCUGGCCCAGCUGGAGACGCGCAUCCUUAACGCCACCUCUGAGUCACUGCGGUUGACGUCCCGGUACAAGGAGCUGGAGGCCAAAUAUGCAGCGCUGUCUGCAAUUGUGAACAAUCAGUCGGUGCUGAUCGGAACGCUAGAGGAGCACUGCAUGCAGAUGCACAGUCAGCGCCAUGAACAGCCACCUAUAGGACCCCCACUGGUGCAGGUGGUACCUGAGAACAUUCCGGUCAGCGUGCCACGGUUCACCAAUGAGAUCCAGAGUCGAAACACCAGAGGAUUUGGCCCGGAUAGGGGCUCUCGCUCCGGGUCAACCCCCACGAGCAGUACGCUCGAGGUCCCGAAAUCUGAGAGAAACUUCAGCACGGAGGGCCCGUUCAGAGACUGCCAGGAGGCGCAGGAGGCCGGCCACAGCACCAGCGGCAUGUAUCUGAUCAAACCAGAUGAGGCGGAGAGGCCGGUGCAAGCCUGGUGUGAACAGGAUAUAGACAACGGAGGUUGGACGGUUAUCCAGUGCCGGAGAGAUGGAUCAGUGAACUUCUUCAGGAACUGGGAUAGCUACAAGAGCGGCUUUGGCAACAUAGACGGGGAGUACUGGCUCGGCCUUGAGGCUAUCUACAAGCUGGGGAGGCAGGGAGACUACAAGCUCCUGGUGGAGAUGGAGGACUGGAUGGACAAGAAGGUGUACGCGCAGUACAACAGCUUCCACCUGGAGCCCGAGAGCGAGGGCUACCGCCUGCGGCUGGGCACCUACCAGGGCAACGCGGGGGACUCCCUCAGCAGCCACAACGGCAAACAGUUCACCGCUCUGGAUCGAGACAAGGACGCCUUCUCAGGUAACUGUGCCCAUUUCCAUAAAGGAGGCUGGUGGUACAACGCCUGUGGCCAAGCCAACCUCAACGGUGUCUGGUACACCGGAGGAGUGUACCGCAGCAAAUUCCAGGACGGCAUCUUCUGGGCCGACUACGGCGGGGGUUUCUACUCCAUGAAGUCUGUCCGCAUGCUGAUCCGGCCCAUAGACUGAGGCUGCUGGGCCGUCACAUUCAAGACUCACUGUUUAAGUUGCUGCGCUAUACGGUACAUCUGCAGCGAGAGGUCGAUCGCGGACGGACAAACUCAGCCAACGGAAAGAGGCCGAGCAUCGGUUUGCGGGAACAGACGCAAAACUCUGCCCAUACGGGGAUUUAGGUGGCACGAAUCUGUAUCACACAUAACUUUGUAAAGCGACAAAAAGUUACGAGUUCUUGAACUUUUUAGCAUUUUGUGUGAUGCCACAACCACAAACUUCGACAUGUUUGUUUUCAUAAAUCAAAGUAGUACAUCUAAUAGUUGUAAUGUAGGAAAAGAAUACACGGUUUUCAUAUUACUUACAAAUUAAAAACUUAAAAAUGUAGCAACCAUUUGUUUUGAGCUCCGUUUACUCUGACAUCUAUACAUAAAAGUCAAAUGUGGAAGAUUUUUUGACCAGUGCCAAACAUCAGCUGCGGCAGAAACCAGUGCAAAUUUUAUUGAUGUAUUGUCCAUCUUCUGGUAGAACAUCACUAAAUUUGUAGCCAGAGGUACAAAGGGAUGUGUUAGGAUGUCCCAGUCAAAGUCCAGACCAAUUAGGAAAACACAAAAAAUUUACUUUAAAACACAUCCUCCAUUCAUCAAUCAUUUAAACCCACUUGUCCUUGCCAGUGAUUAUUGGGCGAGAGGCUUGGUACACCCAAGACAGGAUGCCAAUUUAUUUAAUAAGUUACAGGGAACUGGCCCAACUGUCAUAUUUCUGGACUAUAGGAGUUGGACUCUGGGACAAUCCACACAGGCAGAGCUCAGUGCAGAAAAACCCAAGACUGGGAUUUGAACCCAAGUCUUUCUGUCCUCAAGGCAACAGCCGCACUGACUGUAAAAUCGCGCAAAUUGUAGUUACGAAAAUCCACACGAUAAUUUAGAAAAGAACCGAGUUUUCCGUUAAAAACAUUUCUUGCGCUAGGAUGAGGUGGUUUUUCAGCCGUAUUGAAGUAAGUGUGUUUCGCAAAACUGAGUCGUGUGAUCAACAACCGGAUGUCGCUGUUGGCGGAAAAUGGUAAGAAGACGACAGGAAGUGGUUGGAGGAUGAUGGUGCAGUAUGUUUUGCAAUGACUUAUCCCGUGAAAUAUUUGUGUGUGAUUUCAAUCGCUCGUCUUAUUUCAUGAAAACGCCGCAGUUGCGAAAUUGUGUUUUUCGACAUCAGAGGACUAUUGUAAUGGAAAGGCAGCUGAUGCUACCGACUGUACCACCAUCUAAGGUGACUGAGUUGGAGCUACUUUGUAAAAAAGAAUUGAUAGAUAUUUAUUGGUUUUAAAAAAAAACAACAUGGAAACCAUGUAAAAUACAAAGUUUGUGGUUGUUGCUUGACAAAAUGUGAAAAAGUUGAAAGAGUAUGAAUAACCUUCCAAGGCCCUGCAUGUUAAAAGGCUAAAGAUAUUUCAGAGAGUAUUCAAGUCCAUAGCUUUACUGGUACUAACGUCACAUGAUCCAAAUGCAACUUCACCUACCUCACCAAGGUAAACGUCUGGUGCUAACAAGAGUUUCCGCUUUUACUUAGCUUCAGGUACAAAGAGCUGGAAAAUACACUGUGUUGAAAGCUGCACAGAUAAACUACACACACUUUUCCUGAAGCAGCACAUUUUAAUUUCACAAUGUUUUUAAUUGAGAUCCCUACCCUUAAAACAACCUUUCCGCUGCAUGUUAAUGUACUUUGUCCGAGUGCAGAUGACCGGAACGUAUAAUUUAUGCUUACAAUUAAGUUAUCAUAACAGUGAAAUAGGGCCAGGUGUCCUUUGAGAGCAGGAAACGAUCCCGUAGAAAAACAGGAGCCGUUUCCUCCUGCUGUAAAUAGAACAAUCAUUCUCAAAGUGUGCGCGCUCAUAUGGAAAUUGUUCUUGUGUGUUUUUCUCGUUCGGACUUUGAUUAAAGUUCAGUAUGACUCUGGGAACGGCAAGCGUUGUUGAGAGGAGGGCGAGGGAGUGUGGGGGAGGUGGAAUUAAGUCUUGCUUUGCGUGGUUUUGGAGAUGGAAAAAUAUGCGUACCAGGCAAAUUGAGAGUUUUAAGCGCUGGGACAGACAACGGAAAACACAUUUCUGAAGAAAAA